ACGCUUGCGUCCUUGCCGGGUAUUCGUUUCAAUGGGAGCUUGCACACGGGCGUUCGGUUACGCGCGCACGCAGGUCCUGCUGCCAUAUCAGUCAUUACUUUCAGCUGGGGGUGAGAGGCCAGUCACCCAUCCCGUCCCGCUCAUGUGGACAGAACUCUGGUGUGUACUGCAUUUGGGUGUGAUGUAGCAGUUUUAUUGUUUAUAGUAAAUGUGUAUAGAUACUACUGGAAAGAAUUGAUAUAGUACAUGCAUGCAUACAUCGCGUAGCCUACUACAAUUAAUUAAUGAACUAACAUUUUCAGACGACUAGAAUGGCAGACUAUCACAACACGGAAGAACUUAUUUCCGAAGUAGGGAAGAGGCCUGUCCUGUGGGAUCCUACGACCGAAGAAUAUAAAAACAGGAACAAGAAAGCAGAUGCAUGGAUAGAGGUUUGCCGCUCGAUUUAUCUGGAUUAUGAAGAGAAAUCUGCAGAAGAAAAGAAACAAAUUGGAAAGGAACUGCAAAUUCGUUGGAAGAGCAUUCGAGACGCUUAUGUAAGGAAUUCCAGGAAAUUGAAAGAUGAAAGUAAAUCAGGAUCUGGAGCUGUGAAGACACACCGUUACAUUUUUGCUGAACAACUGUCCUUUCCCAGGAAUGUAGGUGAAAACAGAGAAACCACGGACACUUUCGUUCCAACCCAUGAAACAGAGGAUGGAGCUGAAGAUGCAUGUCAAAACCUGUCAGCAACACAGCAAAAUCCAAGCGCUAAGUCCAAGAAAAAGAAAAGUAAUUUACUUGAGGAGAAACUUAUAAAGUUUAUGGAUGGUUAUGAAGAAAAAGAAGAUGACGACAAGGAUUUUUUCAUGUCAAUGUUACCGUCAGUGCGAACACUGAACAGUGAACAAAAGAUUGAAUUCAGAAUGGAAGUACUGGCUGCGCUGAAGAACAUCAGAUCCGGACACCGUGGGCACACAAGGGUACAAGACUCUCAUCCCCUUCCACUUGUGCUCCCACCUGUACAGAGUCAAUACCCUCAUUAUGCACAGUAUCCCUCGUCUGCAAUGACACACCCUCAUUUCUUUGGACCUUCAGCAGCAACAAACAUACAUCCACAUGCAGUGAACACUCAAGAAAAUCGUGCACAAGUCCAACCAGUAGCACCCUCACCUGCUAACUUGUCAGUACCCUCUCCAGCAUCAAACACCUCAAACACUGACAAUUCAGUAAUUUCACUUGAGUGAUUUUGACAUUUAAUAAAAGAAAUGUAAUACAAAAAUUACUUAGAGGAAUGUUUUUAUUCAUACAGUAGUUAAAAUACCAUGCAGUUUACUUUAUUAAAAAUAAAAAGGAGGAAAAAUGUAAUGCAAUCUUUUUACAGUGGAAUACUUUUAUUUAUACGGUAGCUGAAAUACC